AUGUAUGGAUCAGAAUGUAAGCCAUGUUCUACCCUGCAGCCCUGUGUGAGUGUCUCAGAGGCAUCCUCCUUGUCCUCGUCCCUGUCCCCAGCCUCCGUCGCUAAGGACGUCUUCUUCAACAUCGCCACUGAGGAAAAGGAGGAUGAAAGUGACUAUGAGAACCCAAGCCUGGAUGAGGAUGUAGACAGCAGUGUGGAGGAUCUGCUGGGUUUAAGCUGCUCCUUCAUAGACUCAAACUAUUACAAAGACCAUCAAGGGGUACGCUCUGUAUCGGUUGCCACAGAAACCAGCCCUCCUACCCUGGGCUUUCCCAGUAGAUAUAGAGACAGUCCCCAGCACAGCUCCCAGCUCCAUCCCAAUCCACAUCCCUAUCCAUAUCCCUAUCAAGAGACUGAAAACAAAUCCAUACCCCAUCACACUAUUGUGGUCACCCAGUUCAACCCUAACCUGUUGCUGUCAGGCAGUGCCAUGGACGGCUAUAACAGUGAGUCGGUGGACCCUGUGGGUGUGGUGAGCACUAUGGUGAAUCUGAAUGGACCAGGAGGACAAGGAGACAUGAUGGAUUCUGACAGAGAGAGCUUCCCUAUCCUGAUCAGGUCCAUGUCUACAUCACGGAGACACAGCUUGGGCAUGCCCAUGUCUCCCAUCGACUUGGGGAGGAGGCUGAGCCUGGACGCCAUAGACAGCGAUGGAGAGAGGGAUGACUCUCUCCUCCGACCCUCCCACCUACAGGCCUUUAUAUACCCAGGAUGCCCUGAGCAGGAAGUGGAGGAGUCAGAUGGGACAGACCUCUCCAGAUCUGAAGCCAAGGAGACAGAAACGGAGGAGUGCAGUCGGUCUGGAAGGACAUACUCCAGAACAGAGAUUCUGGCCACAGAUGAGCGUGUUCACGUUGCACACGUGUCUCGCGUGGUGGAGACAUCUAAGAGGGCAGCAGGAGAGGAGCUGGACCCAGAGGAAGCCAACUUGCACACUGCAGAAGGACAGAGUCAUAUAGCCAGGCAGAGGACCACAAGGCCAGAGGGGAAGGAGACAGGAAGUAGUGUCACCUGGUAUGAAUUUCUCUCCAACGAAAAUGAGGAAGAGGAGGACCGAACAGAGAAAGUGGAGAAGGGAACCAAAGUGAAGCGCACCCUGAGCUCGCUUAGGAACAGAAUGACUGGCUCAUUCAACAAAGACAAGCAGGGUAAGAACCGAGAGAAAGAGCAGCAGAAGGGGAAGGAGAGGGAACCCAAAGAGAAAGAGAAACUGCAUCACAGUAGUAGCAGUGGGCAUAAUUUGGUGCCAGGCUCCUUCUCUAGCUGUGCCACCUGCUCACUGUGCAGUAAGGCCCUGCAGAAAAAGCAUGGUCUGCAGUGCCUGAGUGAGUAA